AUGUCUUUCUGUUCGACCUCCUUGACGCUUCGAUCCCUCGUCACCUCACCCGCCCUUCCCUUCUCACAUCCCCCUCCCCAUCCCACCCUCCCCAUUUCCUUCAACGUCCGCGCCCGCCCCCGGCCCCCACCCUUCCUCUCCUCUUCCCCUCCGAAUCCCCCCCCCCCCUCUUCUCGCUCGCUCGUCCCAUCCCCCCUCCCUCCGCAAUGCCAAUUCUUAGGCGACAGAAUCAACCCCCCCAAGUGGGCCAUAGUCACGGAGUUCCUAGACGGAGGCACAGUCAAGGGCUUCCUCCCGCGCCCUUUCUCCCUCACGGCUCCAUCCCUCGUCACCUCACUGGCCCCUUCCCCCCCUCCUUCUCCCCCCACGCCCUUCCCCCCCUCUCUCCCCUCCCCCCACUCCAACCCGCUGUCACAAUUCUCCGCCACCCCUUCGUACCAGUUCCUAGGGGCGUACAUCAACCCCCCCAAGUGGGCCAUAGUCGCGGAGUUCCUAGACGGAGGCACAGUCAAGGGCUUCCUUCCCUGUGCUUUCUCCUCACACACAACCCAAGACCCCAACUUCACCCCCCCUUUUCGCCCCCAGUUCCUAGGGGCGUACAUCAACCCGCCCAAGUGGGCCAUAGUCACAGAGUUCCUAGACGGCGGCACAGUCAAGGGCUUCCUUUCGCGUCUGGGCAAGCGCCGCCUGUCGCUCAAGCAGAUAGCGGCCAUGGCUCUGGACGUGGCGCGAGGCAUGCAGUACCUGCACUCCAACAACAUCAUCCACAGGGAUCUCAAGUCAGCCAAUUUGCUGCUGAACUCGUCUGGGCUGGUCAAGGUGGCGGAUUUCGGGCUGGCAAGGACAGAGGCUCAGGAGCCGGGCAACAUGACGGCUGAGACGGGGACCAUCAGAUGGAUGGCGCCAGAGAUGAUCGACCACCAGCCCUACACUCGUAAAGUCGACGUGUACAGCUAUGGCAUCGUGCUGUGGGAGAUCUGCACGGCCCAAUGGCCCUUUGAGGGGCUCUCCUUUGUGCAACUCGCACACGCCAUCGUCGCAGACAACCUCCGGCCUCCCACCAAGGACUGCCCCAGUCAGAUCACGAAGCUCAUCACGCGCUGCUGGGACAGGGACCCAGAAAAAAGGCCCGACUUUGAUGAAAUUGCGGCUUAUCUGGAGAGAAUCGGGGACGGGAGGAGCCGCAACAAGGUUGACGAUAUGAUCGUGCCUGUUCCCGGACCGGACACCAGCGGCAAGCCACCUCUUGGCCCGGGGGGGAAGCCGACGAAUGGCGCGGCGCCACCUGGCUCUGGGCCGACAGGGGGAGGAGGAGGGGGGGGUGGAGCGGGGAACGACAGCUCACAGGAUGGGGUAGCGUCGCGGCAUGGGCCGAGGGAGGAGCCUCAAAUGGACAGCGGAUGGAAGAAGAUUCAGGUGGAGCCAAAGAAAGAGGCGAGCGGGUGUGGGUGCGUCAUCUUGUAA